AUGACGGCCGAGAGCUGGAAGACGAAGUGCUCCUUCGGCCAGGAAACGCGGAUGAAGACCGUCGUUGGCUCAGUGAGCAGAUCAAAUUCCGCGAUGAUAUCGGCCCAACCAGUUAAUACGGGACCAGCAAGGACCUGGCUGAGGCUGAGGCUGAGGCCAAAAAGAGAGAAGAACAGAAAAGAAGGACUCAAGUGUGCUCUCUCACUUUGUUUCAAGGAGGCAGAGCAUCCGUAUAACUGGAUGUUUGCUUCUUCGGUCUCUGAGGAAAAGAGGCAGUUCCAGCUUAUGGCUUGCUGCCUCCAAUUGGGCGAGAGUUUAAGCACGGCAGCGCAAGGCAUGGCUCUCCCCUGA